AUGCUGCAGACACUCGCUACAGCACCCUUCGUUUUCCCUCUUCUAUUCGGGUUCCGCCUCAUAAACUCCGCCUUGAUGAAGACCCAUUUCGAGCCUGACGAGUAUUUUCAGUCUGUGGAGGUAGCCAUGUCGGUUAUUCUCAAUAAGAAGGUGUAUACCUGGGAGUGGUUCUUUGGCGUUAGGUCAUUCGUGUACGUGUGCCUAUUCAUGGUGCCUUUGAAGAUAUUCCACAGCUCCUCCAUGUACAUUGACAGACUUAUCAGGACAUACUCCUCAAAUGGACACAAUGACGGACUGGUGUUUAUGGCGUACGCACCAUAUUUGGUGAAGGCAGUGACAGCAUGCAUCUCUGCAAUUGGUGACUACAGCACCAUCAUGUCAUACAAGAUUCUGUAUAACGUGCAGUCUGGUGUGCCAACAGAGAUAAUAAUCACGACUCUUCUGAAUAUUGGGCUGUGGCUAUAUUCCACUCGCUCUCAUAUUAACUCAUUUGAGUCUUCAAUUAGCAUAUACAUAUUCUACAGGCUGCUUAGCAGUGGUCAGUGCAAAGACAAAAACAAAAAGAUUAUAUCCCAUCUUAUAAGCGUAUUCCUAUCCGUGUUUAUGAUAUACCUUAGGCCCACCUCCAUUCUUACCAUAUCCUGUGCCUGGAUGCACUCUGCAUACCAGGAAAUACUUUCUUUUGACAAGGCCUGGAGAAGCAAGGAGAAACAGGUAAAGAAUGUGCUCAGAUACGCACAUGUAUACUUGCAGCACAGCCGGAUUAUUAGUCUGCCAAAUAUUCUAUCUGGAAUAUGUGCACUUGCAGCGUGCAUCCUUGUUGACUCUUUGUUCUAUAAGGAGUUUGUCUGCAGCAUGGUUGAGUUCUACAGAAUCAACAUGAAGUACAAAGUGUCUCACCUGUUUGGAACACUUCCCUUCAUGUAUGUCUUCUUUUUCUUGUCUGUUUUGCUUGGGGGAUACACAGGCAUGCUUGUCAUUAGCAUGCUGAGCCCAGAGUACAACUGGCGAGCUAUACAGAUGAUAUGCCCCAUGGUGUAUCUGAUUGCUCACGGGCUGAUUGCCCACAAGGAAAUGCGCUUCUUGCUGCCGAUCCUUCCCUUCCUGAAUAUAAUUAUCGCACAGGAGCUUAAGAAGCUGGGAAGUUCACUUUCAGACGGGAAGGCCUCCGGGAAAUAUCCGCAGAAAAAGAAGAGUUCUUUCUUUUCAAGCCCUGGGAAUGUAAGCAUCCUUAAGAGACUUGUCUUUUCAAAGUACGUCUUCAUUGGGAACUUCAUUAUAGGAAUACUCAUAGGGCUAGAUCACCAGAAUAUAUCCAGACCCAUUGACUACCUCAGGAGCGAGUGCUACUUUAGACUGUCAAGGAAAGAUGCCCCAAUAUUUGUGCUAAACACGUUUACACCGUACAUGCUUCCCCUGACUACUCACCUGGGCCAUAAAAGAGUCAUCACGCGAUCCUUGGAUAAUAACCCGAAUAUUCUUCCCAUGAUAGAGGCACUGCAAAGAAAAAAGAGAUUCCAGAGCCCAGAGUACAAGCUGCGAAUAGAAGAGCAUGAUACAGCAAAGUCCUGCAUGGUAGACAAUAUUAUGCUGCUGGGGCCACACGACUAUCACUACAUUGUCAUAAACAGCGAAUACACCAAGGAGUUUGAGGAAAAGCUGCCUGAGUUUGUAAAAGUGCAUGAAUCUGUCCAUAAAAGAAUUCCAUCCUAUGAGAGCGUAGCUAUAUACAAGCAGGCCUUUAGAUGA